AAGCGAGGAAAAGCCCAGAGUCGUACAUUCGCCUACUGGCCAGUGUCUUAUACAGGUCCACGACGCCAGGUUCUCGGUGACGCCGGGAAAAAGAACACAGCGCAACAUUGAAGUCUCUUCCAGGUUGAAACCAGGAGAUUGGAUCCUGAUAAAAGUGCUCCAGAGGAAAAAGUGGAGCUCCCCGAGGUGGGAAGGACCUUACCAAGUCCUCCUGGCCACACCAACAGCCUGCAAAAUUGCUGAACGACCUUCCUGGAUUCAUCAGAGCCACUGUAAAAAAGUGAGCGACAGUCCACACUAAGACGCCAGCACCCCUGCCUGUUAGUGAUCUGGGAGGUGGAGAGAGGGCUGUUUGGGUAAAUCCCGCCCUUGUUCUUCUCGCCCCUAGUCUACUCACUCACAGGACCAGGUGUGUUCGGUCAUCAUGAAGACCAUACUCGUUCUGGUGUCCAGUGUCACAAUCCUGUUGGGACUGCUGUUACUGAUCCCACAAGAAGAAGAACAGCACCACCUGGUGACAAGACUGACCCAUGACGCAAUACAUCCAGACGACAUGACACAAGAUCACAACCACCCAUGGAUGAACAAUGCCUGGUACCGUUAUGUGUACAACUCCACAAGAGACAAAAACUGUUACAUCUGUUCACACAUGCCUCUCACUGCAAAACACUUGACCCUGUACGGCACACCCGCACCACUAAAUGAAGGACUGUGCAUAUAUGAGAAAGCAGCCCGCGGCCAGUGUGAUAACCAAACGAUGAGAAAAUUGGAGAAGUGGAUAUGUCUGGGAGACCCUAACGUCCAGAACAUCAACGUCACCACAACAGUAGGACAAGAAGACCCGACCUAUCUGAUGGACCUAUGCACUAAUAUCACCAACACGCCAGAGCCUAACAGGUACACGUACGCCUGUGAGGACAAACACUGGGUGAAUAUGUCACUCAGCACCCCAAACAUCACUGUGCUGGCUGUGGUAACCACGUACACUUUUCCCUUAUGUGUCGUGUUUGUCAACAUCACCAAAGGAGCGACUCACUACAGCCUAUCUGGCGCAUGCCAAUACACCCUGACACUACCGACUCUUACAAAGAAACUCUACUGGGUCGAGGGGACCGGCUGGUGGUGUCAAGGAUAUGACAAACAACCCCAAACAUACCUAGCCGUGCCUGAAAACUAUGAGGGACAAUGUGUGCCACUGAUGCUAAGCGAUCACACCUUCAAGAUAACAGUAGGAGCAGCCCGUGCGCGGACACGCCGGAGACGAACAAUACAACCACACGACCCAAUUUGGGGCUCUGACGUCCCAGAGGAAUUCAAGCUUUGGACCACAGGACAAAAGGUCGCCCAUGCCCUUUUCCCAUGGGUAGGAGUUGGAAAGCACGCCCUUAGAAUUGAGACUCUGAACUACCGUUUUGGACUGUUCCUGAAUGCAUCCUGUAAAGUGAAUAACGCGCAGAAUGAAGAAAUCGACGCCUUGCGCCUUAGUACAAUGCAACACCGUGUGGCGUUAGACAUGAUUUUGGCCGAGAAAGGCGGUCUCUGUGUGUUGUUUAAUACAACCUGCUGCACCUACAUCCCUAAUAAUGUGCAUUCCACCAACAUGUCUGACGCACUGAACACGCUACGUCAGCUCAGACGAGUACAGCAGCAAGAUUACACACACAACACCGAGGACUGGCUCACAUGGCUGUUUAGUGGGUCGUGGAAGUCAUUACUCACUAAAGGACUAACAUUCGUUGGAAUGCUCCUUCUGCUACUUUGCUUAUUUUCCACAUGUGUACUGCCUUGUAUUCGGAGUAUGAUAAGCAAACUGUUUACUGUAAGAUUGCAAGCUUACAUCGCAUUAUCUCAAGUUGAACAAGCUCAAGAACAGGUACAAGUUGAAGAGGAUGAUUUUUAA